AGUAAAUACAUCUAAUUAUUAAGAAAUCACCCUGUAGUUGCUGGUUCUAUAUAAACUCAUACAGCUAACAUCAAUUUUCAUCACCAUCACAAUCAUCCUAAUACCCAGCUAAGACAAUAAUCAGUAUCAACUAUCAGAAAUGGCUCAUGCUCAUGGUAUUUCAGGUCUAGUUGGGAAACUUAUUACUGAAUCGGAGGUUAACUGCAACGCUGACAAGUUUUACCAAAUGUUUAAGCACGAUGAAAAUAUUACAAAUAUAAUUCCUCAUAUCUAUACUAGUUUCAAGGUUGUCGAGGGAGAUGGACUUAUUUCUGGUUGUACCAAGGAAUGGGGCUAUCUUUCUGAGGGCAAAGCAAGGAUUGUUAAGGAGCAAACGACCUUUGAUGACGAAACAAGGACGAUACAUCAUUGCGCAAAAGCAGGAGACAUGAUGAAUGAUUACAAGAAGUUCGUUCUAACACUUGUAGUUAAUCCAAAGGCUCAUGGACAAGGAAGCACAGUCAAGUGGAUUAUAGAUUAUGAGAAGAUAAAUGAGGAUUCUCCAGUUCCUUUUGCUUAUCUAUCUCUGUGCAUUAAGAUCACUGAAGGUCUGAACUCUCACAUCUACGCUUCCGAAUAGGUUAUCAAUGGAUAUGUCCACCGAUAUGUUUGUGUAUCGGCGAAUAUCAGGACUCAGUAUAUAUGGUGUGUGCUAAUGGAGUUUCUACUAGAUCUCCUAUGAUCGACCUAAUAAAUGCGUACGUACUUGCAUGUAUGUGUGGUGUGUUUCAUUUCGUUUCGUUUUUCAUCUACUUUCUGUAAUUUCUAUUAAUAAUCAACGCUUGAUAUUGUGUUACCUAA